UAGAGUUUCUCUAGAGACCCCGGAAGCGACGGGCUCUGGUUUUUGCUGCAGUUUCUGACUCCGGCCUUGGGAUGGGUUGCGACGGAGGAACAAUCCCCAAGAGGCAUGAGCUGGUGAAGGGGCCGAAGAAGGUCGAGAAGGUUGACAAAGAUGCUGAACUGGUGGCCCAGUGGAACUACUGCACUCUGAGCCAGGAAAUCUUGAGGCGCCCAAUAGUUGCCUGUGAACUUGGCAGGCUGUAUAACAAAGACGCCGUCAUCGAGUUUCUAUUGGACAAGUCUGCUGAAAAGGCUCUAGGGAAGGCAGCCUCACACAUUAGAAGCAUCAAGAAUGUGACAGAGCUCAGGCUUUCUGACAACCCUGCCUGGGAAGGAGAUAGAGGAAACACCAAGGGUGACAAGCAUGAUGACCUCCAGCGAGCACGGUUCAUCUGCCCUGUGGUGGGCUUGGAGAUGAAUGGCCGCCACAGGUUUUGCUUCCUUCGAUGUUGCGGUUGUGUGUUUUCUGAACGAGCUUUGAAAGAGAUAAAAGCUGAAGUUUGCCACACGUGUGGGGCUGCCUUCCAGGAGGAUGACAUCAUUAUACUCAAUGGCACCAAAGAGGACGUGGAGCUCCUGAAGAAGAGGAUGGAGGAGAGGCGGCUUCGGGCCAAGCUGGAAAAGAAAGCAAAGAAGCCGAAGGCAGCUGAGUGUGUUUCAAAGCCGGGUAUCACAGAAGACUCCGCGGGGCCAUCAAAAGUGAAGGCUGGCAAGCCCGAGGAGGCAGACUCCGAUCCUAGAGAGAAAAAAAGCACCUUGAUUCCCAAGGGCACAGCAACUAAUGGCAGUGCUUCUGGGAAAGCUGGCAAGCCCCCAGGUGGGACCCUGAAGAGGUCCAUCGCAGACAGCGAAGAAUCGGAAACCUACAAGUCCAUUUUCACAAGCCACAGCUCUGCCAAGCGCUCCAAGGAGGAGUCUGCCCACUGGGUCACCCAUACGUCCUACUGCUUCUAAAGCAGGCCUGUACCCCUCCAGGGCUCCUCCCCUGUGGCCUUCUGUGCCACACUUUCCUGCUGUGGCACCACGCUAUAAAGUUGUUCUCUCCAAUC